UCUGCAAACCCCUGUGUCUAUAAACUGCAUCAGGACCACGGUGGAUGACACAGCACCACGCCGCAGCAGCAGCCAAUCAAAGCCACGCUCGGGCCUGUGCGUAUUACGUCACACAACGGCUCCGCGUACGCGACGUCGUCAACACUGCAGUCCGUCUCCCACACUAGCAGCUGCAGUAGCAAACACAGAACGCCCAUCACAUCCUCUGUACUUUCAAGCAGCUCACUUGGAAGAUAAAGAAUCAUGAUGGCAUCACCAUGUUUUCCACUGGACCCAGAUCUAAUGAGGGAGGUACUUGAAUGUCCAAUCUGCCUCGAGACCUACAAUCAGGAACAAAUGAGACCGAAACUCCUGCAGUGUGGUCACACAGUGUGCCGACAAUGUCUGGAGAAGCUGUUGGCUAAUACAAUCAACGGUGUCCGCUGCCCCUUCUGUAGCAAAGUCUCCCGCAUGAGCAGUAUCUCUCAGCUGGCUGAUAAUCUCACUGUGCUGAAAAUCCUUGAUUGUACUAUAUCCUGCAGUGCUGCUGCUGCUGCCCUCAUGUGCAAGGCCUGCUGCAAUCGUCUGCCACGACAGUACUGCCAUGACUGUGCCACAGUCCUCUGUGAGUUCUGUAAAGGGGAGGGCCACCUCCAAGAAGGCCAUACCGUUCAACCGAUUAGGGUGGCUGCUGAACAGCGUCGUAAAGAACUGGGUGGCAAGAUGUCUGCUUUGCGCAACAUUAUGGGUGAUAUUCAGAAGAAGAAGACAUCUGUUGAAAGCAUCUCCAAGGCUUUGAGAUUAAAAUACCGUGCCGUGCAGCAGGACUACUCUACUGCUGAACUAUGUUUUCAAGAGGAGCUCAGCAGGGCUCGAAGGACAUUCACUGCUUCCAUGACAGAAGUAGAGAAACUCAAUGGGCAGGUCCUGGAGGAGCAAACAUAUCUUCUUAACAUUGCAGAGGUAAAGCUGGUAUCACGCUAUGAUUAUCUCACAAUGAGGGUGAGGCAGAGUGAUAUUGCCUUACUUAAGGACGACGGUGGGGGCAGCGACGAUGAGGAUCUGGAUCUGAGGAGCAGCUUGCCCACCACGUUUCAGUUGCAAGAGCCAGAACUAGUCCAAGCAGAGCACUCCAAGCCCUUACAAGUGGGCCACUUGGCCACAAAUACUUAUACUGUCAAUACAGACCAUGAGGAGAGUGGGUUAGAGAUUGGACUUGAGGGUGAUGUAGAGGGUGUAGCUGGGGCAGCAGGGGCCACUAGUGGAGCAAUGGAGGCUCGAGUGGAUAUUUACCGAGAUAUUGACAUGACUACAGUUGUAGAGGAGGCCAUAUAUGGUUCACCAGGCAGCUUCAAGUCAAAGUCCUUGGAUGCAGCUGGAGGAUCACCUAGAGGAACCGAGGCAAGUGCAGGGCCCCCAGUCUGCCAGUAUUUGAAGAAGAUGGGCUCUAAGGGAACUCUACCUGGUAUGUUUAAUUUACCUGUCAGCAUCUGUGUAACAUCACAAGGUGAGGUGCUAGUGACCGACCGUGGAAACUACCGUGUCCAGAUCUUUAAUCGCAAAGGCUUCCAUCGUGAAAUUCGCCGCAAUGCCAGUAGCAUUGACAACUUUGUCCUGAGCUUCCUUGGGGCUGACUUGCCUAAUCUUAUCCCCCUGUCCAUUGCUGUCACUAAUCAAGGUCUGAUUGGGGUCACUGAUAGCUAUGAUAACUCUGUUAAAGUCUACACAAUGGAUGGACACUGUGUGGCUUGUCACAAGAACCAACUGAUUAAACCCUGGGGUAUUACUGCCAUGCCAUCAGGCCAGUUUGUGGUGUCAGAUGUGGAAGGUGGUAAGUUGUGGUGUUUAGCAGUGGAUCGCAGUGCGGGCGUGGUGAGUUGCAGCAGACUGUGCUCUGCUGUCAGGCCAAAGUUUGUGACAUGCGAUGCAGCUGGAACUGUUUACUUCACCCAGGGGCUGGCACUGAACUUUGAAAAACGUCACAAUGAGCCCCACCUGGAGGGUGGCUUCUCCAUUGGUUCAGUGGGUACUGAUGGCCAGCUGGGCAAGCAGCUCAGCCAUUUCUUCUCAGAGGCAGAGGACUUCCGCUGUAUCACUGGCAUGUGUGUGGAUGCCAAUGGAGAUUUGCUGGUAACAGACAGUGGCAGGAGAGAAAUUCUCCAAUUUCCCAAAGAGGGUGGAUUCAAAAUUCUCAUCCAGGAUGGGCUGACCUGCCCUGUGGGAGUGGCCACCACCCAGAAAGGACAGCUGCUGGUGCUGGAUUGUUGGGACCACUGUAUCAAAGUGUUCUCUUACAUUCAGAGGAGGCAUUCUUCCAUUUCUUAGAUAACUGCACUGGUGAAUAAGAGGUUUAGUAGGUAUGUGUUUGUAGGUGUAUAGGGGAGUCUGAAAAUUGUUGAAAUCACACACACUAUUAUCUGUCACUGAAGUUUGGCUGUGCUCCAAACACAGCCAAACUCCAGCUUUCAUUUGGGGUAUAACUGUAAAUGGAAGUUCUAGUUGGUUCAGUUAAGUUUUAAGGCCUCUGGAUUUUAAUGAAAUGAGUGAAAAUCAACUACUUACAUAGUUGUUGCCUUUUACGUAGUUGUUUGAAUGGAUCUCAACACUGAAGCAGACUUUGCAGCGAUGUUUAUGUAGAAGAAUAAUGACAAACUUGACACAUUUAAAAAAAGAUAAACUGGCCAUUAUUGGCAAAACUAAUGUAGGCACAAAGUAUGGAUCAUUUCUUUUCUCUUGUCUUAUUGGCUGCUGUGUAUCCAGAAUUCACCCCAACUCUCUGAUGCAUGGCUUUCACUGAUGUUCAGCUUUACAACUUACAAAUGAGAAGAAGAGGAGCUAAACAUAAAUGUGUAUUUAUGGAAUAAAGCAUACCAAGGCUUUCGGCCUGUGAAGCACUUUA